AUGACGCAUAAAAGCAUUAAUUUAUCUCUUGGAAAACAUUUUAGGCUCAAAGGGCAAAACACUCCUUUCCUCAAAGAAUUCCUAUCAGUUUCCAGGAAAUGCUCUAGUCCAAAUAGAUAUUAUCUAGAUAAGCUCGCAGACAUUUGAAAAAAAUUGCCUGACUCUGAGCAAAGCAACUACAGCCUCAUUUCAGGGAAAUCUGGAAACGGGUCUGAGUCGUAUCUGAAGCACAGGCCAGAAACCCCUUCCCCAAUGAAAAUGAGCCACUCUCCUAUCGCUUUAUUACGGUCAAAUCUAAACAGAAGUCCCUCUCCUCCUACUCAAUCUUCAAUCACCCCAGAGCCAUCCAGUGUCAAAGCCAAAGACCGUUUAAACUCUUCCCACUCCCACCAGACCAUAAAAAACAAUAAAUUCAUCCCCACAUCAGUCUCUAACCGAAUAAUCAAGAAAUUUUCCAAUGAGAGCUUUAAAACUAAAACCCUCAUGACAAGCCCAUAUAGAGAUAGGCAAACGAAAAUUUCUCCUAUCGCCAGAGACUUAGCAAUCAAGAUUUCGAAAGAAACAGAAAGAGUCAGAAGGGUGUCUCCUACUCGUGCCACAAAGCGAGAUGACGACAAAGGAGAGCAGCAAUUUCAUACAGAUGAGUGCUCUUGUAAAUUAUCAUAUGUGCCUUUUAAAGGCUUUAUAGGGAAAAAGAACAAUUUUCAUAAUUUGUAUAUUUCAUGCCAGUACGCUGCAAAUGAUUUCUCGCUGCUUAUUGAGAACAAAAUUUUUGCAGUGCUGACGGUGGGCGCAAACAAUAUGCCUGUCCAUUAUUCACAGAUUGAAGGAGGCUACCAUACGAUUGCGCUGGAAAAAGAGUAUGAAGAGUCGUUUGGGGGUUUUGCUAACCAAGUACAGCAUUUUAUAAAUGAUUAUCUUCCUUUGGGAAAUGUUCUUAUUCACUGUCAAAGCGGAAAUAAUCGAUCUUGUGUGCUUAUAAUGGGGUAUCUUAUGAAGCAGUUCAAUAUCUCUCUUGAUAAUUGUUAUACGAUAAUAAAGAAUGCAAGACCAAAGUUCAGGCUAACGAGAAAAAUCGAAAAUAUGCUUAAUCCUGCAUUUAAUAAAAUCUUUUUUUUAUAAAAUUUUUAUUAAAAAAUUUGGUUUUAAAUACUUUUUUAAUUGCGAAUUUAAAGCAUUAUUUCUACAACAAUAG